GGAUUAAAAGCAUUGCUCUGGCAGCAGAUGUAAGCAAACCUGAGGAUGUGCAGAGGGUUGUGGAUGCAAUUGUAGAGCGCUGGGGCACGGUUCACAUCGCCUGCAACAACGCAGGGAUCAACAUGAACUCUGCGAGCGAAGACACUUCCCUGGAAGAGUGGGACAAAACUUUUAAUGUUAAUUUAAGAGGACUAUUUCUGUGCUGCCAAGCUGCAGGUCGCAUUAUGCUGAAUCAAGGAUAUGGGAAGAUAAUUAACACAGCAUCUAUGGCAAGUUUAAUAGUCCCGCACCCGCAGAAGCAGUUGGCGUACAACACUUCAAAAGCCGGGGUGGUGAAAUUAACACAGACGUUAGGAGCUGAGUGGAUUGACAGAGGAGUAAAAGUCAACUGCAUUUCCCCGGGCAUCGUGGACACGCCGCUCAUCCACUCCAAGGACCUGCAGCCACUGGUGCGGCGCUGGCUGCUGGACAUCCCUGCUGGGAGGCUGGCACAGGUGACCGACCUGCAGGCUGCCGUUGUCUAUCUGGCCUCUGAAGCCUCAGACUACAUGACAGGCCAUAAUCUGGUCAUUGAGGGUGGGCAGAGCCUGUGGUAA